AUGAUAAGCUUAAAACAGGAUCUUUACACCGUUUUUAGCAAUCUUGAUACUUAUGAUCGUUUAAGCAAAACAAAAUGCUAUGCAUCUGCCUUCGGCAUUCAAGAGGCCCUUAAGCGUAUUUACCAAGACAAAAUUCAUAUAAUAGGCUCAGAGUUGACUUUGAUUAAUUCUCCCGCCAUCGAUGAUGAUGAAGUAAUUGGUGUGUUAUCUUAUACAAAGAAAAUCGAAGAGGCGAUUGCAAAUGAUGGUGAAAAACUUAAGAGGCCUAUUGUAGCCUAUUGAAAAUUAGAUGUAAGUAAAAACUCUAAUCUUGCAGAUGAACAAAUAGAGCAAAAAUACAUAUGGCAAACAAUGGUAGUUAUCCCCAAGGACUACAUAAAUAUUAACGGAGAACAUCUAUAUAACCCUUCUGAGCUAGUUUUUUCGAUUGAUUCAUCAGGAAAUAAUUAUAGUUUGCCUCCUCUCCUUAAAUACCUGCUUUGUACAAAAAUUUCUUAUAAUGAGCCUGAUGGACAAUCAGCUACCUUUGGAGGCUUUUUCAAAACUUAUUGGAUAUUCGAUCAUCAUAGCAUUAAAAUGUAUAAGCAUUGCCUCCAAAGCUGCCUAUUAUCAAUGUACAAUAUAGUUAUGCUGAUUUCAACAGGCAAAUCUGCCUUUUUAGAUUCAUUUUCUCAGUUUGAUUUGAAAUCAGCUUAUAAAAUUACAGCGCUAUUUGAACAACAAAGUAUUAUUCAAAUCCUGACACAAAAUUGUGAAAUAGGCUCGUGAGAUUUCGAGUUGAAUUGGCUUGAAUGGAUAAAAGACUCAAUUUCAAAUGAGCUUAAAAGAGAUAUGGAAGAUUGGGUAAUAUCGGAAGUUGAUGCGGGUAUUAUAUUAAGCAAAUUGAGCAUGAAUCAAUUGUGCAUAUUAAGGGAUUUUAAAGAAAAAGGCAAAAAAGAUAUGGCGCAUAAAUUUAUCCAAUCUUUAAAUAUUAGCCCAAUACCCUGCCACAAUAUCUUCCAAACACCAAUUUCCAAGAAUAAAAAGCUAAAAGAGUCUCCUACGACACCACAAUCAGUAAUUAGAGUCCAAAGUUCUUAUAAUUUUAGCACUAGCAAUAGGAAUUUUAAACUCAUGAUUGAUGAUAAGGCUGUCUAUGUGGAUAAAACAAUUUUCAUUAAAGCAAUUUUAGAUGACACGCGUCGAAAUUUUGCAAUUUUGAGACCAAGAGGUUGGGGCAAAACAUUGAAUUUAACUAUGCUAAAGACAUUUUUAAAUCCAGAGCAAGAUGAAAAUGGGCAAUUCGCAAAUUUGUAUUUAUUUACAGGAGGAAAAAAUAACACUGAUUUAAAUAAUUUGGACAGUAAAAAAUGCUUUGAAAUAAUGAAUGCUGAUAAUGGACAUUAUAGACAAUUUGCUGGGUGUAUUCCGACUAUUUUUUUUGCUUUUCCUGAUUUAGUUAAGAUAUUUUUACGAGGAUUAAUGUCUCCGGAAAUCCUUUUACAAAAAAUUCAAACAGAAAUUUCACGUGUGUAUAAAGAGCAUAUUUCUUCCUAUUGUCAGUACUUAGAGAAAAUAAUAGAGCAAUACGGAGUAGAAAUAAUGAAUUAUAAAAAUCGAGAUGUUGAGGUGCUGGAACAUAUUAUUGAUCGUAAUGAAAUAAUAUUGCCCGCUGAAAUUAAGCUGUUUAGAACUUAUCGGCAAUUCAGCUCACAAAUAGAUAUAAAUAUAGCACUGGAAAAUUUGGCUCAUAUGCUUCAUAUAAUUCAUAGGCAAGCUGUUAUUGUUAUUAUUGAUGGAUAUGAUAAAAAUUUUAAUAGAGGACUCACCGAAGAUAACCAGAAUGAAAUUGAGCUGCUCUUAUGGCAAACAAUGCAACAGCUCGUCGAUCAUACAGAUCAUUGCAUUAAAAAAUUAAUUGUAGCUGGAUAUUAUUAUGACACUUUGCUUGAAAUAUUUAGUCCAGAUGCUUUUUUUCCUUAUACUAUUUCGACAAAAUCAUAUUCAAAAUUCUUUGGAUUUACUGAAGCGGAUGUUGAAUGGCUGCUUAAUAAGCACUUAAUAGAAUAUUCAGACCGUCAUUUAAUGGAUCAGAAAACAUUAAUAAAAGACUGAUAUAAUGGAUAUAAUGUAGGGGGUCAUAAAAUAUACAACUCUCGAUCGAUAAUAAGCUGCUUGAAGCUUGCUGUUGAUAAUAACGAAUGACCUCUCAGUCAAUAUUGAAAUGAGUUUGAUAAUGAUGGUAGAUUUCUAACUUCGAUAUUCGAAGCUCUUAAAUUUGAUAAUGAAUUAUUUGAUAUAAUGAAAGCUGGGUAUCUUGAAUUGAAAAACCCGAUUAUUAAUCAACCUUGGACAGCAAAUAAUCCUUAUUUACUGCUACUUCAUGCAGGAUACUUGACUCUAUUAGAAAAUAAGAAAGAAAUCAAUGUUUUGGUAGUUCCUAAUAAAGAAGUGAGAAAAUAUUUUUACCCCAAAAUGCUUAAUGUAUGACUAAAGAUAACAGGAGAAAAUCAAAUUAAUUCUUAUGAUUGGUUAGACAAAUUUGUUGAAAAUUUAGAGCAUAAAGAUGAAGUUUCAAGAGCGAUACAAGAAGAAAUCCUUGAUAAAAUAAGCGAACGAACUGAUAAAAGUGAAAAGUUUUUUCAAACUAUCGUAGGAGGAGCAGGAGCAAUACCACUAUUAACAUCAAAUGAUCCAAAAUAUUUUAUCGGUUUUGAGAUAUCUAACAAAUUCAAAAAAAAGCUUGAUGGGAUUUUCAUUUCAAAGCGUGGAAAGGGGGAUGUUGCUAUAAUUCAUGAGUAUAAAAAGUUAGGAGAAGCUGAAAUUUCUGUGGUCUGUGAAAAGGCUCAUGAUGCGCUUUGACAAAUAUGCGCUAAAAAGUACAUAGAAGUUGUCUUAAAUCCAAAUUAUGACUAUCUCCAACGAAUGAUAAUUCGCGGAAUUGUAUUUUAUAGAAAUAUUGUUGAUGGAAAAUGAGAGAUUCAUAUAGACGAGCACCAAUUCAGCAUUAAAGUUGCAUUAGAUAUAAAUAAUCAUUUUAGUACUUCAAAAGGAAAAAUAUUUCCAGAGAGUUCAAUAUUGUGUCGAGAAAAUGAUGUUACUUUAACAAAUGAAAAAAGAAUUGAGUUUGGUGACGAAAACAUAGAAAGAUUAAUUCAAAAAAUCAAAGAGAAAGACUCCGGCUUGGAAAUCAUACGUAAUAAGUUACGAGAAAAAGAAGAGGAAGGAAAUAGUAGAAAAAGAAAAAGAAAUAUAGUACAAAAGCCAGAAAAGAGAUUUAAAAAAUCUUAA